CAAACGUACAUUCUGCUUGCUCUUCGUCUCUCUCUUCUGCUUUGCCAAGCGUGCCAAGUUCUGCUCCCUUUCUCGAUCCCCCCGCUAUCGCUGCCCUCGCUCGCUCGCUCGCUCUCUGUCGCCCUCUCUGUUCUCUUCUUUUCUUUUAUCUGCGUCUGUGUUUUAGGUCGUUGUUCCAAUUUGUUUCUUCUCUUGAUCUAGCAGUGCGCCGCCCGGAGAGUACUGCACUGUCGAUUUUGGUUGAUUCUGCUGUCGCUUUUGAGGUUUGUGAGGUGUCGAUUGCGGUUUGGUACGACUGCGUCCGCGGUCCUGCUUGGCGUGGACUUAUUGGUUUGCGGAUUAGGUUCUUGAUCUUCGGAGUGUCGAAGCAGAGUGUGGAUUGGAUGCUAUGAGUCCGGUGCGCCCUUGGAAUUGGUUCGAGGAGGGAAUGAUGCAGUAAUUUAGAAGAGUGUGAGUAGCAGUUGACUGUCGUUAAUAGAGCGAGGAUGGAGAGGCCUCCUAGACCUCCUCAACGGAUCUCAAGACGUGUGUUGGGGAAUUGGGAGAAGCUCGUGAACAAAGCGGUUCGCACAGAGCUGCUGGGCCGAGAUAGGUACAAUCGUGAUGGCAGGCGGGUUGGGAGCAGUUACGGACAGAGGGGUGAGAGGACGCCCCAGUCUUUAGCACAGCAGGCCGAUAUUGAUGCCGUCUUGCAAGCUUCCGACGAGAUCGGACGUCAUAACAGUCAAGUGGCUUGUAUUUUGGCUGAGCAUGCAUACAGGUUAACUCAACAGUUGGAUCCAAGAAGUGAAGGGAGGGGUGUUUUGCAAUUCAAAACCGGUUUGCAGUCUAUUAUCAAGCAAAGGAAAGCAAUGCAAGAAGGCACACACGAUCGAAGUCAAGACAUUAGGAUACUUCAGGAGUAUUAUAAGCGGUAUAGGGCAGAAAACCGCAUUGAUCAACUUGAGGCUCAAGCUCAGUUUUCUACUGACCUGGUGCCUGACAGUCAUGAACAGAGUUUUGAAAGGUUGAGAAAAGUUUACGAAACUGCAAGAAUUUUGGAUGAUGUUGUAAAUGCUCUAUUGAAAGAAGCAGAGCCUGAAGAUGUUUCAAGACUUCAGAACUCCGAUGAAAAAAGGGUUAUGGAGGAGGAUGCCCAGAAGCUUAAGGGGUUUAAACCCUACAAUAUUUUGCCACCUCAAAGGUUCUUAGCGGAGACCGUGGAGGCCCCUGGUAUUCUUAAUCCAUUUGAACACUUCCCUGAGGUGGUCGGUGCAACAAAAGCUCUGCGAUAUACAAAAAACUUGCCACGGUUCCCUUCUGACUUUAUCGUACCACAGGACCACAUCUUGGACAUUUUUGAUUUCUUGCACUAUGCGUUUGGAUUCCAGAAAGACAAUGUGGCCAAUCAGCGGGAGCACAUCAUUUUGCUCUUAGCCAGUGCUCAGUCACGUUUGUGUACUCUCGAUGGUAGAGACGGUGACAGUGAGAAGUGGGCAGAUAAGGCUAUCACUGAUGUACAUGAUCGGAUCUUGCAAAACUACGUACGAUGGUGUCAUUUCUUAAGAAGAGAGCCUCAAAACAAGCGGGCCUUCACUCAACAAAGGAGACUUUGCUUAACUGCUCUGUACCUCUUAGUAUGGGGUGAGGCUGCGAACCUUCGCUUCAUGCCGGAGUGCCUUUGCUAUAUUUUUCAUCACCUGGCGGAUGAGUGUUUUGACUUGCUGGAAAGGACUUACGUUGAAAGGUCAAAGACAGUAAAGCAAAACGAAGACGGCUCCAUAGAAUUUUCGUUCUUGGAGCAGAUCAUCACCCCUGUAUACAAUAUUGUGGCUAAGGAGGCAAAAGCCAGUCAGAAUGGGAAAGUACCACAUUCGCACUGGCGGAAUUAUGAUGAUUUCAAUGAAUACUUUUGGCAACCUUCUUGCUUUUUGGAACUGGGGUGGCCUUGGCGAACAGAUUCAGGUUUUUUCAGGCCUCCAGUAAUGAAGGAUGCUAAGCAGGUGGCAGCCCCUACUCAAAAUGCGGCACAGCCUCGUCGAAUCAAACAUAAAGUUGGAAAAGUACAUUUUGUUGAGCAUCGUUCAGGAUUUCAUUUAUACCACAGCUUUCACCGGCUGUGGAUAUUCUUAGUCUGUAUGCUUCAGGGAUUAACCAUAUGGGCUUUCUGUAGCGAGGACGGAAAGUUGAAUCUUCAUGUGCGGACUAUCAAGAAGAUAAUGAGUGUUGGUCCCACAUUUGUCGUCAUGAAAUUUAUACAAUCGAUAUUUGACGUGGUGUUCAUGUGGGGAGCGUUUAAAAGCACUCGUCUCACGACAGUGGCUAGGAUGCUCCUGCGGUUGCUUUGGUUCGCAUCCCUAUCAGCUGCUAUCUUGUUUCUCUAUGUAAAAACCCUUCAGGAGGAUGCAAGAAACGAUGGCUCAGGUUCAUGGUUUCGUAUAUAUUACAUUCUAGUGUCAAGCUAUGCUGGAGCAAAUGUGUUGUUCAUCUUCAUUUUGCGCAUACCUUGGCUUCAGAGGCAAGCCGCCAAGCAUUCAAAUGUGUAUUUUUUCCAGUUUGUCAAGUGGCUUCAUCAGGAGCGGUACUAUGUCGGGCGCAGCAUGUAUGAAAGAACGCGAAAUUACGUGAAAUACUCAUUAUUCUGGAUUUUUAUAUUAGCUUGCAAAUUUUCUUUCGCUAUGCAUUUCCAGAUUAUGCCCCUAGUUACCCCUACAAGACUUAUCAUAGGAUUCGACAACAUAGUAUACAAGUGGCCUGAUUUUGUUUCGGACAGUAAUCACAACGCCCUCUCAAUUUUGUCGAUUUGGGCACCGGUUCUGAUGAUUUACUUCUUGGAUACUCAAGUUUGGUACACUGUGGUAUCAGCCAUACUAGGAGGUAUUGAAGGUGCACGGGAUAAGCUUGGAGAGAUCCGAACUUUGGAAAUGCUGCGAAAGAGGUUUCCAAACUAUCCUGCAGCUUUUGUAAAGCACAUGCUACCGCCUAUUAACAGGUUUAGCUCCGCCUCAUCAAUUCAGGAACCUGAGCCAUCAACUCCCAAGGCUAAGAAGACUAAUAAGCGGGAUGCAAUCAGGUUUCAGCCCAUCUGGAACCGUGUCAUCAAGUCACUCCGCGAGGAAGAUCUUAUAAAUAACAGAGAGAAAACUUUGCUGAAGAUGCCUCCUAAUUUAAUGUAUCAUACAAACGGAACACCAAACAAACUCAUUCAUUGGCCAUUAUUUUUGCUUGCUAACAAGGUGCACAUCGCCGUUGAACUUGCCGCUCAGCAUAAGACACAAGACAUCCUCGGACUUUGGUCCAAAGUGCGCGAGGAUGAGUAUAUGGGUCAUGCUGUGCAGGAGACUUAUGAAACAUUGGAACCUUUGUUGCAUUUGGUUUUGAAUUCUGAAGGUCGUCGAUGGGUUAGUGAGAUUUUUAACUCACUAAGAAAAUCCCUUAACAACGGGGGUGACGAGCGUGACUCUUUCAAAAUGAACAAGCUAAGGGAUGUUCUAGUGAAACUUCGGGAUUUGACUGAGCAUUUGGGUAACGAACAUUCUCCAGAACGUCAAAACAAGGCAUCGGAUGCCCUUAAAAAGCUGUAUGAAGUUGUGAUGCAUGACUUCGCUUCAGAAAAUUGCAGGCGCAUAUUCACGGAAUCAUCCGAGCAUCAAAGAGCCCUCGUUGAAGAAAGCCUAUUUUCAGAACUGAAUUGGCCUAAUAAAUCUGGACAAAAGCAAGCUAGACGACUUAACAACUUACUCACGGUUCAGAAAAUCAAAGAUCAGGAGGGUAAGACGAAAACACUUAAUACCGAGACUGUACCUCACAAUUUGGAGGCCCGUCGUCGUCUGCAAUUCUUUACGAAUUCCUUAUUCAUGCAUAUGCCACAAGCACCUCCUAUCCGCAAAAUGUUCUCUUUUUGUGUGUUUACACCUUACUACGAGGAAGAUGUGAUGUACGACAUGGAAAAGCUUUAUAAAGAGAACGAAGAUGGCAUCUCUAUUCUAUUCUACUUACAGAAAAUAUAUCCGGAUGAAUGGCAAAAUUUCUUAGAAAGAAUUGGACUGAUCGAGAACAUAGUUUUCCGAGAAGUUGGAAAUCCAAAUCCUGAGAAGCAUAAAGAAUUGAAGCUUGAAUUGCGACUUUGGGCCUCAUAUCGUGGUCAAACACUUGCAAGAACAGUUCGAGGAAUGAUGUAUUACAAAGAGGCUUUAGUAAUACAGGGGCAACAAGAAGGUGCUUCUGGUGGAGAUCUUGAAGAGGGUAUUCCUCCAUCUUUAGUUGAAGCGCAAGGAUCAAUUCAGCGUAGUGCUUGGGCUCAGGCUGAGUUGAAGUUUACAUACGUUGUUACUUGUCAAAUUUAUGGUGAACAGAAAAGGAAAGGGAAAGUUCAAGCAGCGGACAUAUUAUACCUUAUGCAGAAGCAUGAUUCCUUGCGGGUUGCCUACAUCGAUGUUGUGGAAAGCAGUGGAAAAGACAAGAAACCCUCUUACUACUCCAAACUUUGCAAAGUAGAUAGAUCUGAUCCAAAAGGAUCAGGUGCAAACCAAAGGGAUCAGGAAGUAUAUUCCAUUAAGCUCCCCGGAGACGUUAAGCUUGGUGAAGGAAAACCCGAGAAUCAAAAUCAUGCAAUAAUUUUCACGCGUGGAGAUUGCAUCCAAACUAUUGACAUGAAUCAGGACAAUUCCAUGGAAGAAGCUUUUAAGAUGCGGAACUUGCUAGAGGAAUUUAAACAACCACACGGGUUGCACCUCCCUACCAUACUUGGCGUUCGUGAGCAUGUUUUCACAGGAAGUGUGUCUUCGUUGGCUUGGUUUAUGUCUAUGCAAGAGAGUAGUUUUGUUACACUUGGUCAACGUGUGCUUGCGAGACCUCUCAAGGUAAGAAUGCAUUAUGGCCAUCCAGAUGUAUUCGACAGGGUAUUCCACAUAACGAGGGGUGGUAUCAGUAAAGCGUCACGUGUUAUCAAUCUUAGCGAAGAUAUUUUCGCAGGUUUCAAUACUACGCUCAGGCUUGGUAAUGUUACACAUCAUGAGUAUAUUCAGGUUGGUAAAGGACGAGAUGUUGGAUUGAACCAAAUUGCGCUCUUUGAAGCCAAGGUGGCGAGCGGCAAUGGAGAACAGACGCUGAGUCGAGAUGUAUACAGAUUGGGCCAGCUUCUCGAUUUUCCUCGAAUGCUGUCGUUUUUCUAUACAUCCGUUGGUUUCUACGUAUGCACAAUGAUGACUGUUUUGACGCUGUAUGUUUUUCUGUAUGGCAAGGCUUAUCUCGCCCUUUCAGGGGUGGAUGCGUCCUUAAGAAGAAACAGUCAAAUUUUGCAAAAUCCUGCUCUGGAAUCAGCACUGAACACCCAAUUUCUGUUUCAGAUUGGUAUUUUUACAGCAGUACCUAUGAUUGUGAAUCUCAUACUUGAGCAGGGCAUUUUAAAGGCUAUUAUCAGCUUCUGUACAAUGCAGUUGCAGUUGGCUUCAGUGUUUUUUACAUUUUCCUUGGGAACACGAACUCAUUACUUCGGGCGCACAAUCCUUCAUGGAGGUGCUAAGUAUCGAUCCACUGGGAGAGGAUUUGUGGUAACCCAUAUUCAUUUUGCUGAGAACUAUCGAUUAUACUCUCGUAGUCAUUUCACAAAAGCUUUGGAGGUUAUUAUGCUUCUGAUCGUGUACUUGGCAUAUGGAGCUCAGAAUCGGACUUCAGUCACUUUUAUCUUGCUGACGUUCAGUUCUUGGUUCCUAGCUUUAUCCUGGCUUUUCGCACCCUACAUAUUUAAUCCAUCUGGUUUUGAGUGGCAAAAGACAGUUGAGGACUUUGAGGACUGGACUAAUUGGUUGUUUUACAAAGGAGGAGUUGCUGUCAAAACUGAUAACAGCUGGGAAGCUUGGUGGGUUGAUGAGCAUGAUCACAUCCGUACUCCAAGGGGGCGAUUUUUGGAGAUCAUUUUGUCUUUGCGUUUCUUCUUGUUUCAGUAUGGAGUAGUUUAUUCCCUGUCAGUGACUAGGGGGACCAACAGUAUUUUGGUUUAUGCUUAUUCAUGGUUUGUGCUCCUUGGGAUUGUGGUCAUUUUUAAGGUUUUCUUGGUCAGUCAGAAGUCAUCGGCAAGUUUUCAGCUUGCUGUUCGGUUGUUCCAAGGAUUGUUUUUCUCUUGCCUCUUAGCUGGUCUGAUUGUGGCGGUCGUACUUUCUCCUCUCACAAUUGGGGAUGUCUUCUCUGUUGCUUUGGCGUUGGUUCCCACAGGCUGGGGUCUCCUUUCAAUUGCCAUUGCAUUACGACCGUUGAUGGAGAAAAUGCGAUUUUGGAAGUCAGUGCGUGAAAUUGCUCGUUUCUACGAUGCAUGCAUGGGCAUGUUCAUUUUUAUACCCAUUGCCCUCUUAUCUUGGUUUCCCUUCGUUUCCACAUUCCAGACACGUCUCGUUUUCAACCAAGCCUUCAGUCGUGGUCUUGAAAUCUCUCUUAUUCUCAGUGGAAAUCGAUCCAACCGGAAAACGUAGGCAGCUCAUUUCUUUAGUCAUCUUCGAUACAUUCCAUAUUACAACUCUCUUUCCUAGUCAGCUAUAUAAUAGCCAAUGCAGCAUCUAUCACUAGAAAUCUGGCACUUGUUAGCAAUCAGCCCUCAAUAGGUGGCAAAAGUGUCCCUUCCUUGGAUUUUGUUUUAGGUUUGAUUUUUGUUUUAUUUCCUUAUUUUUGAGAAACGGGUACAUGAGGCUGUUAAAAUGUAAUUUUAUUGUUUGUUAAAUUUUAAAUCUUUACUUUGAGAAGUA